CCAGCUUCGCACCGCUGGGCUGUCCCCAUCCCAGCGGGGCGUGGCGAGGGCUCCCCUCUCCACGCAGUCGCGCGGUCCCGCGGACGAGGGGAGGAAGGGAGCGGACCACCGUAUCCUCCGACUCGAGGGAGGGGGGUCGAAUCCUGCCCCGGGAGCGGCGGUCCCGGUGCCGCCGGCGGGGCGCGGGUCUGCGGCCCCGGCCGAGCUCCGCUGCGUUCCCCUAUGUGAAGCGGGGAAACUGAGGCAAGGAGAGCUUGUAGAAGAGAGAUCGCCCGGCCUCCUCUGGCAUCCCCUGCCCCAGAAGGUCUGGCCUGGGAUGCUGCGCAGAGCUGAGCACUAAGAUGGGCGCUAUGGGGUGUGCAUCAUAGCCCACGCCGUGGCCUCCCUGCACGUGGCACCAGUGGCGGAGCCCACUUGGUCAGUGCUGAGCCCUCCUUGAUGGAAUUGCGGUGAAUGGAACAGAAGCCCAGAACCCUGGACCCACUGUCGGAGCCAGAGGAUACCCGGUGGCUGGAUGGCAAGCGCAAAAGAAAGAGCAGCCAAUGUUUGGUGAAGAGCAGCAUGUCAGGGUACAUCCCUAGUUACCUGGACAAAGAUGAACAGUGCGUGGUGUGCGGGGACAAAGCCACCGGCUACCACUACCGCUGCAUCACCUGCGAGGGCUGCAAGGGCUUUUUCCGUCGGACCAUCCAGAAGAACCUGCACCCCACCUACUCCUGCAAGUAUGAUGGCUGCUGCGUCAUUGACAAGAUCACCCGCAACCAGUGCCAGCUCUGCCGCUUCAAGAAGUGCAUCUCUGUGGGCAUGGCCAUGGACUUGGUGCUGGAUGACUCAAAGCGAGUAGCAAAGCGGAAGCUGAUUGAGGAGAACCGGGAGCGGCGGCGGAAAGAGGAGAUGAUCAAAUCACUGCAGCAUCGCCCCAACCCCAGCGCCGAGGAGUGGGAGCUGAUCCACGUGGUGACCGAGGCCCAUCGCAGCACCAACGCCCAGGGCAGCCACUGGAAGCAGAAGCGGAAAUUCCUGCCCGAUGACAUCGGCCAGUCACCCAUGGCCUCCAUGCCCGACGGGGACAAAGUCGAUCUGGAGGCGUUCAGUGAGUUUACAAAAAUCAUCACCCCAGCCAUCACCCGCGUGGUUGACUUUGCCAAAAAACUGCCCAUGUUUUCAGAGCUGCCUUGUGAAGACCAGAUCAUCCUGCUGAAGGGCUGCUGCAUGGAGAUCAUGUCGCUACGGGCGGCCGUGCGCUAUGAUCCUGAGAGUGAGACGCUGACGCUCAGCGGGGAGAUGGCGGUCAAGCGGGAGCAGCUCAAGAACGGUGGCCUCGGCGUUGUCUCCGAUGCCAUCUUCGACCUGGGCAAGUCCCUCUCUGCCUUCAACUUGGAUGAUACCGAGGUGGCCCUGCUCCAGGCUGUGCUGCUCAUGUCCUCAGACCGCACAGGGCUGAUCUGUGUGGAGAAGAUUGAGAAGUGCCAGGAGACGUACCUGUUGGCUUUCGAGCACUACAUCAACUACCGCAAACACAACAUUCCCCACUUCUGGCCCAAGCUGCUGAUGAAGGUGACAGAUCUGCGGAUGAUCGGCGCCUGCCACGCCAGCCGCUUCCUGCACAUGAAGGUGGAGUGUCCCACCGAGCUCUUCCCCCCCCUCUUCCUCGAGGUCUUCGAGGACCAGGAGGUGUAGAGCCACCACCUCCCUCUCAACUCCCAUCUCCCCCUAAACCUCCCUCCUCCUCCCCACUCUGCUCUCCCUUCUCCCCCUUCAAAAAGAAAAAAGAUGUUUCUUAUCCCUUGGCCACUCCCCCACCCACAGGGGCAAGGGGGAGAAAUGCUGUGCUCAGAGUGGGAGUCUCAUUUUGCCCCCUCCUCCCCCCCCAUGGCCACCUCCCCACCACACCCCCCAGGACUUGAUGACUUUUGUUUGUUUGCACAGGGAAGGGCCCCAAUGGUCGAGCGUUUCCUUUAUUGUCCUUCUCUUCUUAGAUUAUUAUUUUAAGCAUUUAUUUCCCUCCCUGAGAGGCUAAAAUAUUAAACUAACUGCACUUUGGAAGAAGAGAGGACAAGGGAGAGGAGAGGAGAGGAGAGGAGAGGAGAGGAGAGGAGAGGAGAGGAGAGGAGAGGAGAGGAGAGGAGAGGAGAGGAGAGGAGAGGAGAGGAGAGGAGAGGGCAGGGCUCUGGACUGCACAGGGAGAGGUUGCCCCAGCUGAAGGGGCUGCAGCCACAUGCACUUUUGGCUGGGCAGCAGCAUGGGGGGGUGGGAGAGUUGGAGCUAGGAACCCCUCUCACAGCAGGGCACGGGGGACAGUGGCAGCCACAGCGACAGUGAGGGUGACCCCCAGCCCAUGGACCCUCGCCCUAAAUUUGGGGCCACAUUGGGGGCUGUUUUUUCUCUUUUUUUUGGGCUGAGAUGAGAUGAUUUUGUGCCAAGCACCAGCAGGUGCUGUAGGACACCAAGGAGAGGGGGGAGUUGUGAGGACCCACUGUGGUCACCCCCCCUCCCCUCUCUACAUGCCCCCCACUUUUUCCUUUGUCCCUUUUUUUGGUUGUUGUUGUUUUCCCCCUCAUCCUCAUGGGUUUCUUUGUCCUGUCCUUCAGGAGUUGCAAUGGCCUCGGAGGCACUGGUGGGGGCAGCAGGUGCCCCCCCCCGGGAGACCCCAUACAGCUCCCACUGCACUACUGCCCCAGCUGCCCUGGCAGAAGGCUAUACCCCUCAACCACCCCCCCUUUACUCCUGGCACAGGGAGAGGGGCCAGACUUCAGCAGGGGACCUGGAGGAGGGGGUCUGGGAGUUGGGGAAGGGGGGCAAACUCAGAGAGAGUGGGCAGGGCUGUGGCAGGGGCACCCAGGAAUGGGUUUAUCACCUCCCCUCCACCCCCUCCCCCCCAAAAAAAUUGGUUUGUGAAUUUUUUCUUACCUCAGGCGGAGGCAGGGGAGGUGCGGGGCCGGAGUUGGCUGGAGAAGCAGGCAGCCUGCUGGAGCCCACCUAAGCUAAUAUAUAUAUAUAUAUAUAUAUAUAUAUAAAUAUAUAAAAUAUAUAAUUUUUGUAAUUAAAAAAAAAUCUUUUUAUGGGUUGUUUAAAAGCAGAAAUCCCAACAUAAGACACUUCCCCCCCCCUGCUGCUCCACCACCACCCUGCUCAAAGGAUCUGGGCUGGGCUCCCUGCCCUGCUGCACCCUCACACCCACCUCCCCCAUGAGGGUCGGAUCUUGACCCCCUAUAGCCAGGUUGAGGGUCGCAGUGGUGCUGUGGAGGGGCAGGGCUAUGGCACCUGUAGGUGUCCUUGUAGCUUGGGCAGUGUGAGGGGGAUGGGUUGCAGUGGUUGGGUUUGCAUGUAGUGCAAAAUGUCAUGUCUUAAAUUCUCACUCCGGCUGACCAACAUGAGGAGGGUUCCCAGCAUGGUGCAUAGUGGCACCAGUGUCAGGUUGUGCAAUAGGAGCUGGUGCCAGGAAACAGUAGUGCCCAUGUUAGGGGUAGCAGAAUGCAGGGUUUGGGGAUUCACUCCCUCUCCCCCAGCAGCACACCUUCCCCACUGCCAUGUGCCAUCCAGUAUCUGCCUUAAUGUGCCUGCAGGCUCUGGGCAGGGGCUGCAGCCCCACACCACAGCGCCCGUGCCAGGUGAUGCCAGGUGGUGCCCAUCGCAUGUUAGUGCGAUGCCCGUGCCAUAGCCAAGUAUGCCAGUGCCACGGCAUGGCCAUGGACCUGUGUGCUGGUGCUGCGGCCAUGUGAUGCCGGUGUGUUCCCAUGGCCAGCCCACAGGAUGCCAGCGCUGUCCAUGCUUGCUUCCUGCCCAUGUGGCUGUUGCAAGAUGUGUUUUAAGCAACAAACAUGAUCCCCAACCCCUGCAGCGGAGUUCAGAACUCCCCCCCAGGUGCCAGCACAGGGGCCUGGGGUGGCUCAUGCUGGGGGGGCACAGCCUGGCCCCUCCAACCCCCAUACUGGCCACUUCAUCCUCUCCUCUUGCCCCUGGGCCGCUCCCUCUUGUCUCUGUUUUGCGUCGCCAUCGCAGGUCCAGCGUCAGCCCUGGCAUCACUCCAGGUAGGGGAGGGGACAGGACCAGUACACCACCCUCCCCACACGUCACCUGCUCUGGGCCAUCCCCCAUCCUCUUGUCCCCUCCCCCCCCCCCCCCCCCCCCCAAGCACAUACCUCAUGGCUCCCAGAGCUGCCCCUGCUUGAGGCCACAUGGAGCCUGGCUGGCACACCCUGGCAUGGCAUGGAACAGUAUGGGGUCCCCCUACUAUGCAUGGUGCUGUGAGGUCCCCAGCCAGUGGUGCUGAAUGUAGGGCACUGGAGAGGGGGGAGUAGUGUAGGGGAGCUCCUGAGCUCCAUGACAAUCACAGUCUGUGACAUGCGAUUUUAAACCCUUUUGUGUUUUGGUCAGGAUUCUAAAGAAAGAUAUUUUUAUGGUAA